AUGAAGAGCCUCUUGAAGGGUCUUCGGUACAUUUCUCAAAUCUUUGAAAACGAGAAAGAGCCAGAGAUGCAAAUUGGAAUCCCCACAGAUGUAAAGCAUGUUGCUCACAUUGGUUGGGAUGGAGGAUCUGUCAAUCAAAACUCACCCAGCUGGAUGAAUGAUUUUAAAGCAUCGGGUGGCUAUCCAUCGGCGCCUCUAGGAAAUAUCAAGGAGGAUGCUUCCUCCAUUUCUGAAGAUUCGACUAGGUCACGUGAUAUACCGGGACUUCCAAAAUCGUGGAGAGACCGCUCGAACAAUUUGGUUUCAACAACAAAGGAACGGUCACGACGUGGAUCUUUGAUUUCUAGUGGAAACCCUAAAACCUCACGGAGAUCUAAAGAAUCUUCUGAUAUUCUUCAAGAUGGUUCUAGAAAAUCUCGACGGAAAAAGUCCAAGGAUUGUGUAAAUGGUGGAUCUAUAAGAUCGUCGCGAAGAGCACGAGGGUCUCAGACAGAAUCUAUAAGUGGUUCAAUGUCUGAUGCAGGCAGGAUCAAUGAUAUCAUCAAUCUCCAGUGA